CUUGAAGAGAUAUAUGCUUCAAAAUCUUUAACCAAUCGAUUGUGUUUAAAGAUGGAGCUAUAUCAAUUGAAGAUGGCAGAAGGCACUAAUAUUCAUAGGCACUUAUCUGAUUUCAACAUGAUGGUGACACAAGUAGUGAAUGCCGGGGAUGUUCUACAAGAAGAGGAAAAAGCUUUGCUUUUACUUGCAUCCUUGCCAAAGUCUUACAAGUCCCUAGUGCAGAGUAUGCUAAUGGGUAAGACUACUUUGGUGAUGAAAGAUGUCACAUCCAUGUUGUUGGAGAACGAUAAGUUUCUUGGGGAGGAUGAUGGUGCCAAUCAAACUAAUGCUUUGGUAAUGGAGCACUCUCGGGGAAGAUCCAAUGGACGUGGAGGUGGAGGAAAUCGAGAAAGGUCGAAAUCCAGACCUAAGAAGGAUUAUGGUGAAGUGCAAUGUUUUUAUUGUGGUGAGUUAGGUCACAAACAGUAUAAAUGCCCGAAGUUUAAGGGGGACUUUUCUAAUAUGAAAAUAUUGAUGAAAAGUCAAGAAACCAAGGGCAAAGGGGAGGCUAAUAUUGUUGAAGAAAAUGUGGUUGAAGUAUUAGCUUGUGAAGAGUGUGAUCCUGAGGUGGAGCAAAAUAAUCAAAGAUGGAUUUUGGACUCCGCUGCAACCAUGCAUGUGUGCAAUAAUCCUUCGGAAUUUGGGAGUUUGGUUCGGGGGGAGCUUGGUAAAAUAACGGUGGCUACCGGCGAGAAGGUGAAUAUUGAAGGCAUAGGAGAUGUUUGUCUCAAUGUUCACAAUGGGAGAGCCAAGAUUCUCAAGAAUGUGAGAUAUGUGCCAAAGUGUUCAAGCAACAUUAUUGCUUUGAGUGAGUUGACAACACGAGGGUGCAAGUAUGUCGGAAAACAAGAAUGGUGCAAGGUCUACAAAGGUGGAAGACUUGUCUUGCGUGGGAGGAAGAACAAGCACAACAUCUAUGUGCUUGAGCAACAUCCCGAGAGAAGGCUCAACAAAACCAUGAAGAAGAUGGUGUGGAAGCCUAAAGGGAUCUUGGUAGAUGGCAAGGAAAUUAAUAAGACCAAGAAGAAAGUGAGCUUCAAUAAUGAAGUGGUGUUUGAUGAUGGUUCGAGGAGGUGUGAUUUUCCCUCGAAUCAUAUUUCGGUUCAAAAUUAAUUUCCAUAGUACACCUAGUGUAGGUUUGUCCUAUCCUAUACUAGGAGAAACCUUUCAAAAUAGGACACCAUGAUAAAGUGCUCUUGAGCAGGGGGAGCUGGAGUCAUGGUUGGUUUCUCCUCCCAUGGGGUUGGAGGGGGAGAUUGUUGGAAGAAAGUCCAACCCCAUGUGUGAACCCAUGGACUUUCUUGUGUGGAAAUUUGCUUCACCAACCUAGCUAGUUGUGGGCUAGGAUUGCUUUGUUGAAAUCAUGCAAGAUUGCAUGUUGAGCCAUUUAAUGGGCAAAGAAAAACUUGGCCGGAUGGUAAUGGAAGCAAAGAAAAAUGGUGCAUGGGUGGUUGGAUUUUUCACUAUAAAUACCCAUGCAUGCAAAGGCAAUGGGCAAGCAAGAGUAGGAGAAAGCAAGAGAAAUUGAGGGAGAGCUCUUGUGAGAGAAAAAAUAGAGAAAUUGUGAGAAAUCCUUGUGUAGAUUAAGAGAGAGUAUUAGGGAGAAUUUGGGAGUUUCUAUAGAUUGAAGCUAGGGGUUGAGAGCUUCUUAAGUGAGAGAGUUUCCAAAUUAUUGUACUCUUUUUUCUUAAUAGUGGAUUUAUUUUUUCUCUUUUCCGUGGACGUAGACUUGUUGAGAAGUGUACAAGUCGAACCACGUUAAAUUGUUGUCUCAAUUUCUUUAUCGCUUCCGUUUGUGUGGGAUUGUGGUGCUCGAAAUUCCCAA